GGGCAAACAAAAAGUCAACGUCUCACUCAACUGUCACCCAAACAUUUUUACUUUUGGUCUCUACAAUUUUGCUCUCUUUGCAUUUCCCCUGAAUUUUCCUUUUCUCCUUCCCCUCGCCCCCACUGAUUUCCUGCUUAAGCUUUGAAAAUCCCUGACCACCAUGGCGAAUUUGAUUUAGCAGAGCCGUGGGAGGACGAGUGCCAGCAGCAUGCUCGAUAACAAAGCAGCUUCAGGAGUCUCGGCGCCUUCGCGCCCGACGAUUACUCUCCCUCCUCGGGCCCCCAUGGAGAGCUUCUUCACCGCCGGAGCCUGGGCCAGUCCCGGUCCGAUGACGCUCGUCUCCGGCUUCUUCUCCGAGAACCACCCGGACGCCGAGUGUCGCUCUUUCUCCCAGCUCCUCGCCGGAGCCAUGGCCUCGCCCGCGGCGAGGCCACCCUUGCCGAUGGGAAAUCCAACGAGUUCUAUAGAGGGUUCUUCCGAGGAAGAUGGGCGUGCUGAGAGCCUAGGGUUUAAGCAGAACCGGCCGGUGGGUUUGGCGGUUGCUCGGUCACCGGUGUUCAUGGUCCCCCCUGGGUUAAGCCCUUCAGGGCUGCUCAAUUCACCCGGCUUCUUUUCACCGUGUCAGGGUCCUUUUGGAAUGUCCCACCAGCAAGCCCUGGCACAAGUUACAGCUCAAGCUGUUCUCUCCCAGACCCGCAUGCACAUCCAAACUGAAUAUCAACAUCAUUUGGGGACGGCUCCUGCAGAUUCACUCAUCCAGCAUUCAUCCUUGAUUCCUAAUACUAGUAUGCACCAGCAAAUGCCACCAGUGACUUCAGAUCCUAAUAGCAGUAUUACAGAAUCAUCCGAUGUCUCUCAUUCUGACAAGAAAUCCCAGCCCCUAGUGGUUAAAAGGCCUAAUGAUGAUGGCUACAACUGGCGGAAGUAUGGGCAGAAGCAGGUCAAGGGCAGUGAAUACCCCCGGAGCUAUUACAAAUGUACACAUUUGAAUUGCCCUGUUAAGAAAAAAGUUGAACGUUCUCUUGAUGGUCAAAUAACUGAGAUUAUCUACAAGGGCCUGCACAACCAUAAAAUGCCUCAAGCCAGUCGGCGUGCAAAAGAUGGCAAUGAUAUAAAUGGAAAUAUAACAUCUCAGGUCAAGCCUGAAGUUGAUUUGCAGUGCCAGACAGAAGGGAACAAGUCAAAUGAAACCGUUCCUAGUGAUUCAGUGCCUGGGAGGGAUGAGGAAUCUACCCAAGCAGCACGUAUACAACUAACUGGAUCAAGUGAUAGUGAAGAUGCAGGUGAUGCUGAAACAAGACUUGGAAGGGAGGAUGAUGAUGAACGAAAUUCCAAGAGAAGGAAUAUAGAGGUUGCAACAUAUGAACCAGCCCCAGCGCACAAGACAGUUACAGAACCAAAGAUCAUUGUGCAAACAAGAAGCGAAGUUGAUCUUUUGGAUGAUGGCUACAGGUGGCGCAAGUAUGGGCAGAAGGUUGUCAAAGGGAAUCCUCAUCCAAGGAGCUACUACAAAUGCACAAGUGCCGGAUGCAAUGUUCGCAAGCAUGUUGAGAGGGCCUCCACAGACCCCAAAGCUGUCAUAACGACAUACGAAGGGAAGCAUAAUCAUGACAUCCCAGCAGCUAGAAGCAGCAGUCACAGCACAGCCAAUGGGGCACCACAGUUAAAGCCAAACAGUAAAGUUGCUGAGAAGCACGACUCAAUAAAAGAGAUGGAUUCUGAAAACAAAGAACAAAGAUUGGUGGGACUUUUACAGUUAAAAGAAGAGAAGAUUACAGUGUAAAAAGUUCUGUUGAAAUCUGUUAAUGUAAACUUAUUAAGAUCACAGGUUUGAUCCCAACUUACAUGUCAACUAACAUGGUACAGAAAGGAAGGUCUAAAGAGGAAAGAGGGCAUCAAUUUAAAGCUGCUCGAGAAUUCAAUCCAGUUACUUUCUGCACGUGUAAUAUAUUGGCAUGGGCAUUCUGUAUGCUUCCUCGUGUACAUUGGAAUACAGCAAUGAAACCUUAAAAUGAUUGUUUAAUAAAAUGUAGAGUUGAGUGGAGGAAA